GGUGGAAGGUGAUAAUCCAGUCCCACCAAAUGCUCAAAUCUCCUAUGAAAUUGAGCUGUUAGCAGUACGAGAUGGACCUGAUAUUGAAACCAUGAGUGACGAGGAACGAAUUGAAAUCAGUGACAAGAAGAGAGAGUUAGGGAACGACUUGUAUACCAGAGGGGACUAUUCUGCUGCUAUCAACUGUUACCAAAGAGCAAUCAAGUAUCUGAUGCCUUCAUCUUCAGAGAAAGUUCAAGGUCUAAAGGUGAAGUGUUGGAAUAACCUUGCUGCUGCACAGCUUAAGAACCAAAAAGAGAAAGAUAUGUAUGAGAGAAUGGUGGACGGCCUUGGAGGAAUGGAAAAGAACAAAUCCAAGCCUUCUAUUUUCCCAUGGUCACUAGUGUUUGGUGCUACUGUUAUCGUCCUUGGAGGGAUUGUCGCUGCAUUAUACUUAAACAGACAUUAAAAAGUUUACUGCAACGACAGCUUGGGAGAUUCAAAAGAGAGAUCAAUUGAGGCUAAUACUUCAUGUCAGCAUCCCUUAUGAUUGUUAGCUGGAAAGUUUUGUAUCAAAGUUAUUAGCUUAAAUGUGCUAAAUUAUAGUCAAACUGUCAUGUUUCGCAGACGCUGUUGUUUAUAAACUAUAAAUGUUUGAUCAAAGGCCCUAUACUAAAUCUAGUUUGGUUUAGUACUUUCUGUAUUCUAACCCUGUGGUGUUUCCUUGAAUAUAGCUUCUUUCUUCACAAAGGUUUUGGUGAGAGUCAAUCCAAGUGCUCAUUUCAAUGACAUUGUCAGAAAACAAUAAAAUUUUAAAGGCCACAUU